CCGUAACAUCAAUCAUUAUUUUAUUAGCAUAUAAUCGCAUAAAGAAUAGCUCUAACUUAGUGUCAAAUUAUUUGAUCCAUACCGAACGAAUACACUUUUGAAAUUUCAAGCCGAGCACGGAAUUCAACCCCCUUCAUACUACCCGAGAGGAAGACCUGUCCCGUUCCACAUGUCGAUCUUCGAGACGGUAAAGGCGAUUAGGAAGACUAAAGGAGAUACACCUGCCCAAAUACUCACACUUAUUUUGCUCGUGAUAUUUCUAACUUCGAUGUUUUUCACUGGGGCUCUAAAAUUGAACGACUGUCCGGCUGAGCCGUUCAUUCCGAAAUGGCUUCUCGUAAUGGGAAUUUUUGGCCUUCUUAGACUUCUCGUUUCACAGGUGUGCAACCGAAUGGUUGACGAUGAUGAGGAGAAUUGUUGCCAGGGCGCUUGUGAGUGCAUGCUGGAAGUGUUCUUGUUCGCAUGGUUUGUUGCAGGCAGCGUUUGGGUGUUUCGAACCUAUGGCGAUGUGUCAUACACCAAAGAUUCUGAGAACUACUGUGAAAGACCUCUCUUCCGAUUUUCAUUCGUGAUUCAACUGGGCACUUAUAUCUUAAUGGGAUCAUCACUGUGUUGCUGUUGUAUGUUUGGUUGCAUGGCUGCUAUUAUGGAUGACUAAUUCAUACGAAGUCGAAUGCCAUAAAUUAUGAUUUAUAUAAGUAAUUUUCAAAGUCGGUUGUAAAUCUCAUCUGAAAGUAAUUUGACACCUAAAUAUUUAUCGCAAAGAUUUUAAACGGUAUCAAAAAGUAUAUAAAACGAAUA